GCUUAUACUUACAGCUUAAUACAGCUAAGAAAACUAGCCGUUGCAAGAUUAAAAUAAUCAACAAAAUGAAAACCGGGUUGCUCCUGACGCAACUCGGAUACCAUAAAUAGGUGAAACGUACACUACCGCCUCUGAGACGACUCUCUGCUUUCAUCUUCCAUUGCUAUCUGGGUUUUGGGGCUGAAACUGCUCGAUUGUUGUUCUCUGUGAUCGCUCAACAACUCAACCAUGGAUCUCAGGGUAUCGAAUUCCAGACUCACAAGGACAGAAGGAUCCGUUUAUGCAAGGAGACCUGCUUCCGAAACCGUCUGCAAGUUUUGGGCGAUGGGUAGAUGCCUCAAGAAAGAGUGCCGGUUCCUACACGCUGACCCGGAACAAAAGACUCUUGCUUUAAAGGAGGAGAAGGCGAAAUCUUUGGGGAAAGCAUCUGAUUCUGCUACUGUUAAUGUUAAUGUUGAGAAAAGCAUUGGUACCCAUAAAGAGAAAGCAAAGGCCGAAGCAGUCUGCAAGUUCUGGGCAGAUGGAAAGUGUGUAAGACGAGGGUGCCCUUAUCUGCACAGUUGGUUCCGUGGAGAUGGCUUUUCUUCCUUGGCAAAGCUCCAAGGCCAUAAGAAGGGGAUAACCGGAAUUGUGCUUCCCGAGGGAAGUAGCAGUCUCUAUUCUGCUGCCAAAGACGGAACCGUUAGGGUUUGGGACUGCAAUACUGGUGAAUGCAGCAGGGUAAUCAAUCUUGGUGCGGAAGCUGGCUGCUUGAUUAGCAAGGGUGUGUGGAUUUUCUGCAGUGCUUCCAAUCUCGUCAAGGCGUGGAAUAUUGAGUCCAAUGCUGAAUUUACCUUAGCUGGACCUGUUGGUCAAAUCUAUGCCAUGGAAAUUGGGAAUGAUAUGGUAUUUGCUGGGGCAGAGGAGGGUGUUAUAUAUGUGUGGAAAGGCAAAGCCUGUUCCAAUGCUAAAGCGAAUCCAUUUCACCCUCAUCAGGCUCUCAGUGGCCACACUGCUGCUGUGGUUUCUUUAAGGGUUGGAAAUAUCAGACUCUACUCAGGUUCUGUGGACCAUACAAUAAGGGUGUGGAAUCUGGACACUUUGGAGUGUGCCAUGACUCUAAAUGGACAUUCUGAUGCUGUGACGUCUCUUAUAUGUUGGACCACAUUUCUGAUCUCAUGCUCAUUAGACCACACGAUAAAGGUGUGGACUAUGUGUAAAGGAGGCAACAUUGAAGAAAUCUACACUCACACUGAAGAAGACGGUCUUCUUGCUCUCUCUGGAAUGCAUGAUGCUGAAGACAAACCAGUCCUACUUUGUUCAUCAAAAGACAAUUCUGUCCGCAUAUAUGAUUUGCCAUCCUUUGAUGAGAGGGGAAGAUUAUUUGCAAAACGGGAAGUUCGGGCUAUUCAAGUUGGCCUUGGAGGACUAUUCUUCACUGGAGAUGAAACUGGUGGACUUUCCGUGUGGAAGUGGUUGGAACCUGCAGUCAAACAAGAGUCUUGAUUAGUAUUCAUUAGCUACGUACUGCUAACACUAGUAUAGAUAUUCUUAUAGAUAUUCUUUUGCUGCACAAAGUGUAGCAAGUUUGUAAUUGUUUGUAUCUAAAUCUUGACAACCAUUCAGUUGUUCAACAUUGUUCUAUAUGUACAGUUAAAGUUUAAAUUUAUAUCCAAAAUGAAUUAGUUCCCACAUU